AUGUUCUUCUCACCCUUCAUCACUGGUCUCCUCCCAAUCUUAGCAGCAACUUCCACACAAAUCGAAACGCCUCAACAUCCCAGCAUAUUCAUCCUCAGCGACCAUGCAUCCAGUACCUCAGCACUAGGAAACGCCCUACAAACUUUAGGCUACACACACAUCUCAUCAGAAACGUUGAAUAGUUCGUCACCACAACUCAGCACCCAUACAUUCACCGAACUUUCCACAAAUGCUGCGUCAAAUGAACUUUUACUUCAAUACCCGAAUACCAAAUUCAUCGUUCCCAUUUCAUCAGCGUCGAAAGAAAAUCGUGAAACUGGUGUGGAAAGAAGACCAUGCGCCAACAGCUGGCUAACUCAUUUGGCUGCUUGGAGUAAACUACUAGCCGAACCCGCCUCAGAAAUCAACGCAAAGGAAGAAAUCGAAAUUGCUCAGCACGAGAAAUUAGAUUCCAUCCGAAGCUCAUUAGAAAGCGAAGGAAGACUAUUAGAAAUUAUUCUAGAUGAGCGAGAGAAACACAGAGGCGAGAAGUGGUUGAGGUUAUGCAAGUUUUUGAAUUUGGGAUAUAGUGUUGUGGAACGAUUGAAUUUGAAGGAAUUCCCUUCUUCGAUGGGACAAGAGAGGAAGGGUUCCGGGAUGUGGGGAUUGGUCGUGCAGAAAAGUGGUGUUUGA